GAAAUCAAUAAAACUACCUUAAUAGUCCUGAAAUACUUCAACAUACCGAGUCUUUAUAAAUAGGGACAGAAAUUUUAGGUUUGAUUGGUUGUGAUAUAUCUUGUGUUGUGAGCCAUAGACAAAAAAUGGAUAAGAAGGGAGUGAUGUCUUUAGCGAUCAUCGCUUUCUUGGUGUUGGGGCAGUCCAACAGUACUAGAGCUAUUGAGAAUCCACUGUGUUAUGCCCAAUGCCUCACUUGUCUCUACGGUGGCCCAUUGGCGACCGUUAUAUGCAGCGGCUUUUGCGCCGCAAACUGCAUGUCGGCAAGUCCUUCAUUACGCAGUGUCCCAAAAGACAAUCACUACUUCUGCAAGCUUGGUUGUGCUUCUUCCUUGUGUGCCAGUUUCAUCACUAGAGAAAACCCAGAGAUUGCGAAAGUGGGUGGCUGUGCCGAGUCUUGCUCAGAGAAAUGCACCAUGAUGAAUACCUUACCACCUAAUUAGAACAAGGAUUAGGGGGGAUUUGGUUAAUUAAUUAUGAUGUUAUAUAUACUUUCACAAAUGAGUGAAGUUUCUGCCAAGAUAUAGUAAGCUAAUUUUAAAAUAAAAAUAUAUGGAAGAUAAAUAUUACUCUCAUAUGGAUUGU